UUGUGCAACAUGCCUCUGCUACGUCACCUCGCUGUUGUAUCUUCUCCGGCUGAAGUUUUCGGAACGUGCAAUGAAAGCUGUCUUCAGAUAACUGGAGGAGCACAAGACUGAGCGCCGUUUCAUUUCGAAAAAUAAACCAGGUCAAGACUGCCUAAUAUGGACACAGUUUUUCGUCGGUGCCCUUUCCUCACUGUUGUGCCCAGUGUUUGCCUGCAGAUGGCUGGGAAGUCGUCCCUGGUGAGCUAUGCCCAAAAGUGCCCUGUGAUGAUGGAUCUGGCCUCCAGACCUCUGGCCAGAGCUCUGUCCUCUUCAGCUUCUGCAUCCAAAGGCACUCCAACAAAGAAUGAUCUGAAGCAUGAAGUCAAGUUGCCAGGCAAUGUAAGGCCACCGGCUGGCCGGCCUGUGGGCUCAAAAUGCCCUUUCCUGGCUGCAGAAAUGGUGCAAAACAACAACAACAGGGUAGUGCGAGAGAUCAGCCUAGAGCUACAGGAGGAUGUACAUGAGGUGCACUCUAUACGCACAGGGAAAACAGGUGUGGAUAUUUCUGUUGUUGACCUUAUCAAUGCAGACAAAGUCAGCAUAAGAGCACCAAAAAACCUUAUCAAACCCUUAUCUUCACAAGUGUCUCACCUGCUAAAAGAUCAUCUGCCAGAGGAGGUUACCUUCCAGUAUGACAAGUAUUUUGAAAAGACGAUUGAGACCAAAAAAUCGGAUCACACAUACAGGGUUUUUAAAACUGUGAACCGGCGUGCCCUCUCGUUCCCAAUGGCAGACAGCUACGCCGAUUCUCUUCAUGAUAAGAGAGACGUGUCUGUGUGGUGCAGCAACGACUACCUCGGCAUGAGCCGCCACCCCAAAGUCACCCAGGCAAUCAUGGACACUUUACAAAUGCACGGUGCUGGUGCGGGAGGAACACGAAACAUUUCAGGGACGAGCAAAUUCCACGUGGAACUUGAACAUGAGCUGGCUGACCUUCACAGAAAAGAUGCUGCACUGCUGUUCACUUCUUGCUUCGUAGCCAAUGACUCCACUUUGUUUACUUUGGCAAAAAUGCUACCAGGUUGUGAAAUCUACUCUGACGCAGGCAACCAUGCCUCAAUGAUUCAGGGUAUACGGAACAGUGGGGUCAAGAAGUUUAUCUUCCGUCACAAUGACGUCAACCACCUCCGAGAACUUCUUGGAAAGUCCGACCCCUCCACUCCAAAGAUUGUUGCUUUUGAGACAGUGCACUCUAUGGAUGGCGCUGUGUGUCCACUAGAAGAGAUGUGUGAUAUUGCCCAUGAGUUUGGUGCCAUUACCUUUGUGGAUGAGGUCCAUGCUGUGGGCUUGUACGGGCCCAGAGGAGGAGGGAUUGGGGACAGGGACAGAGUCAUGCACAAGAUGGACAUCAUCUCUGGUACCCUUGGCAAGGCAUUUGGCUGUGUUGGAGGCUAUAUCGCCAGCACCAGUGCCCUGGUGGACACUGUGCGCUCCUACGCUGCAGGCUUCAUCUUCACCACCUCCCUGCCCCCCAUGCUUCUGGCAGGGGCCAGGGAGUCAAUCAAAGUCCUGAAGUGUGAGGAAGGCCGGGUGCUCAGGAGGAAACAUCAGAGGAGUGUUAAGCUGCUCAGACAGAUGCUGAUGGACUCUGGACUUCCUGUUGUCCAAUGCCCAAGCCACAUCAUUCCAGUGCAGGUGUCAGAUGCAGAGAAGAACACUGAGAUCUGUGACAUCAUGAUGUCUCGUUACAACAUCUACGUCCAGGCAAUCAACUAUCCCACUGUGGCCAAAGGAGAGGAGCUACUGCGCAUUGCCCCCACUCCACACCACACCCCUCAAAUGAUGUACUACUUUGUCGAUCGACUGGUGAAGACUUGGAAAGAAGUGGGUUUGGAACUGAGGUCUCACUCCUCAGCCGAGUGUGACUUCUGCCAGCAGCCUCUUCACUUGGAGCUGAUGAGUGAGAGAGAGAAGUCUUACUUCAGAGGCCUCAGCCACAUGAUAUCAGCAGUAGCUUGAUACUGCAUUAAACACUACAUUCUCAUGUGGCCUUCCUCCUCCUAUUUAAAGCUAUUUAUUU